UGCAUUUUAUUUGCGCAGGCACGGAGUCUGGGGACAUCACUAAAAGCCGCAGGGAAGAAGUUAAGAGGACGAGAACAAAACAGCAUAGUGGUCUGACGGUCUCGUUUGAGGCGCGCACGCAGCGGUGGUCCAGCAGAAGAGGACGUGACGGACAGUUUACCCGUUCCGACCCGAAACGACAUCAAUAUCCGAAGAUGGAGCGCAAAAUCCCGGACUUCUCCGGCACUUGGGAGAUGAAGAGUUCAGAGAACUUUGAGGAGAUCUUAAAAGUCUUGGGUGUAAAUAUUAUGCUGCGUAAGAUUGCAGUGAAGGCGGCAAACAAGCCCUUGGUGGAGAUCACGCAGGACGGCGAGACCCUGUCCAUUAAGACCUCCACCUCUGUCCGGACCACCCACAUCACUUUCACCGUGGGACAGGAGUUCAACGAGAGCACAGUAGAUGGACGUCCUUGCACGAGUUCUCCACGUUGGGAGACGGACAGCAAGAUCAGCUGCGAGCAGACUCUGCAGAAAGGGGAGGGGCCUAAGACCUCCUGGACCCGGGAGAUAACCAACGAUGGCAAGCUGAUCCUGACCAUGAAAGCAGAUGACGUGGUGUGCACCAGAGUAUACGAGCGGCAAUGAACAAGAGCACUUUUGGUUCCCGACGUCUCCUGCUCCACCACACAAGACGUCACCAGCGCAAGAUGGCAGCCGUGACUUUUUUUCUAUUCCAAUAAUAGCUGCACCGUGUAAUUGGUGUGAUAACUGCAUUCUUUCUCGUGUCUUAGCCCUGCACUCUUUCACCAUUUUUCCGGCUCUUAUCAAAACGUUAUGGAAUUCUAAUCUGUAAAUGCAUUGUAUGACUGAUGUGCGGCUUUUAUUCGCCGUGUGUGCAUGCUUGUUGCCAACUGUAUUCAUGAUCUUAUUUUUACACUUUGUUUUGGCCUUCGCUAACAUUUUCCAUAUCAUCUGAUAUUUAUUACCACACUACAGUACUGCCAAGGUUUUUACUUGGAGUCUCACUUAUCUGACGAGAUCCUUUGAAGAAACAUUUCUUUUGGGAAAACAAUAAAGC